AUGGUGAUCUCUUCUGGUACCGGAUACGGUUACCUCGAUCAAGCUAUGGGGACAUUGUCUCAAUAUCCAGCACUUAUGGUUGGAUAUGCUGUGUUCACGUUAUUUAUGGUACUCAUUGACAUUAAUCAAAGUGUUUCAUAUAAGCUUGGACUUCAAGGGAAAUCUUUAUUUGAGUUUGAUCUUAAUCGUAUAUCACUUUAUGUUAUUGUCCAUCGAAACUUAUUCCAUUGGCUUAUCAAUACCGUUACGUUGAUGCCAUUACUUUGGAAAUUUGAACCAAAAUUUGGUACUAUUCUGACUGGAGUUACUCUCAAUUUAUUGGCAGUGGUUGCAGCAAUUCAAUAUUGCAUUGUUUGUCAGAUUUUGGGAAUUCAUCAAGAAGAUUAUGUUAUUGGAUCUUCUGGAAUUUGUUUCCUGUUUUUCACAUAUAAUUGUUAUAUGGAUCAUUUCACUCAUCCUGUCAUUCACACAUUUAGAUAUUUAGGAAGAGAAUUCAAAGUUAAAGCAUUACAUUUCCCAUUCAUUGUAUUGGCUAUAUGUUUUGUUCUAUUACCUGAUAGUUCCUUUUUAGGUCAUUUAUGUGGUAUUCUGAGCGGGUUCUUGUUAGGAAGAGGUUAUUUAAAAGUCUUAUAUCCACCUUCUAAAGCUUUACUCUUUAUUGAACAGAAAUUGGCUACACCAAUCUCAAUGUUAACUCCCUUGGUUACUUAUUAUAAGGAAGAACAAGUUAUGAAUUCUAGAGUUCAUGGACCUCCAUCUUCAGUAGUUGAUAUUGAGGCUAAUCUUCCUGGUACUAUUCGUCCUUCACCACCACCUCAAAGAACUCAAUUCGAGCUGGAAUCAAGAGUCUUGGGCUCAUAG